CGCCCUCCACCGAUCUCUUCCUCCCUCUCACCCUCUCUCGCAGCCGCACCUGCGCGGCCCUCCGCCAUGUUUGAGCGUUCCCUCUCCUCGCUCAUCUCCGGCCUGCGCGCCAAUGCCGCGCCGCAAGGCUCCCAUCCGCGCUCGCACGCCGUCGAGCGCGAGCGGCGCUAUGUGGCGCAGAUCCUCGAUGAGAUCCGCCAUGAGGUGCGCAGUGACGACUUGGGCAUCAAGGGCGAGGCCGUGUUGAAGGUGUGCUACUUGCAAAUGCUGGGCCACACCACACGCGCCAGUGCCCACUCCUUCCACAUGCUCGAGACCAUGUCGAGCCCACGCCUGCACCUCAAGCACGUCGGCUAUCUGGCCGCACAGCAGUGCUUCACGCCCGACACCGACGUGCUCAUCCUCGCCACAAACCUCGUGCAAAAGGAUCUACACUCUCACGAUCCGCUGGAAGUAGGCAUUGCCUUGAAUGGCCUCUCCUCUCUUGCCACGCCCGAACUCGUGCCGCAUCUGCUGCCCGAUCUUCUCGCCCUUCUCUCUUCGCCGCUGCCCCUCACUCGCAAGAAGGCAUUGCUGGCUCUGCACGCUCUACUCUCCCGCGACGUCACCGCCUUGUCCUCUGCCUCCUCUGCACUUCGCACUGCGCUCGACGACGCUGACGCUGGCGUUGUGGGCGCCACCAUCAACGUCUUGUGCGAGCUCUCGCGUUCCUCUGCCUCCAUCGCCGCCGAGUUCAUCUCCCUCUCUCCGCGUCUCUUGCAACUGCUGCAGCGCAGCACCAACAACUGGACGCUCAUCAAGCUCCUGAAGCUCCUCGCUCUCCUCGCCCCACACGACGCCUCACUUCCCGCCUCGCUGCGCGCGCCCAUCAUCAAGCUCAUCAAGACGACCAACGCGGCAAGUCUGGCAUACGAAGCCAUCAACACGGCCAUCGCCGGCGGACUUCUGGACGGCGUCUCGGACGAAACGAGGGAGCUCCGGGGCCUGUGCGUGCACAAGCUGGAGGAGCUGGGCAAGGGAGACGCCAAUCUGAGGUUCAUGGCAAGGAGAGCGUUGCGCCAACUGGAGCGUCGCCAGAGCGGCGCGAGCUCGGACUCGGGACGCACGCUCGAGGGCCUGCUCGUCGAGUUUGGCGCGGAACAGCAGUCGGCGGCGAGCGAGAGCAGGCAGAGCGCGCCGCGCCUGGCGGCGACGGGCAAGCAAGGCAAGGAGAAGGGAGCGCUGGUGGAUCUGCUGGGAGAUGAUGAGGAAGAGCAGCAGCCGCAAGAGGAGGAGAAGCAAAUGCAACAGGGCCCGAGACACCUGCUGGAUCUGGAUGACGCGGAGCAGAUUGAGAGCUUCAAUCUGCAUUCGGGCAACCUCUCUUGAAGAGGGACAGAGAGCGGGGGGAGCACAAGAGGAGGAGAGUGCGAGGAGGGGAGAGGACUGCCUGGAAGCGCGGGCCACAAACAACGUCACCCAAUGUCAUCCCAUGC